AUGGGUCGUGAUUGGCUUUUCACCGAGGAACAACUUGCAAAUACACCAUCUAGAAGAGAUGGAGUUGAUCGUGCCGAGGAAGACAGACUGAGAAGAGAGGGAAUUAAACUUAUUGUCGAGAUUGGCAGCGGUUUGAAAUUACAGCCAAAUCCAACACUGGCAACAGCAGCUGUUUAUUUUCAUCGUUUCUACAUGUUCCAUUCUUUCAAGGAGUUCCAGAAACACCUAACAGCUUUGGGUUGUUUAUUUUUGGCUGGAAAGGUCGAAGAGACACCAAAGAAAUGCAGAGACAUUGUAUUGAUUGCAAAAGAAAAGUAUCCUGACUUGUAUAAUAUGAAGAAUGCGAUUGAGGAGGUAAUGGGUAUCGAACGAGUUCUUUUGCAAACAAUUAAGUUUGAUCUUCAUGUGGAUCAUCCAUAUACGUUUCUCCUACAAUAUCAGAAAGUUUUCAAAUUGGAUCGGGAAAAGAAGCAGACGAUACUGCAGAAUGCGUGGACAUUUGUUAAUGAUUCAAUAUCAACAACAUUAUGUCUUAUGUGGGAACCAGAAGUGAUUGCCAUUUCGCUGAUAUAUAUGGCUUUAAAAAUGACGAAACUGGAUAACUGUGACUGGGUUGAUAGGCAGCCAGGUGAACAGUGGUGGGAUCAGUUUGUUGCCAAUUUAACUUCUGAUAUGAUGGAAGAUGUUUGUCACAAAGUGCUUGAUUAUUAUACGAUUACGAAGACUGAAAGUCGGUGA